AAAAUGAAAAUGGUGGACGAAAACCGAUCCGAGGAAUUAGAUGACGGUUAUUUUCCUCCUGCUGAUAAUUUCGGACAGAAUGAUCCUUGGGCCUCAUCGAACACAUCGGGAGUCCUUUCUCCGCCAGUUUCAGAUCCGCUUUUCCAAGUGAUCAGUUCUGAACGGUACCUGAAUUCUUUAGAAAGCAAGUUAUCCAGGAUUAAAGGGAACAGAAGAAAAGAACCAACAGCAAAAGAGAUGUUAUCUUCUCUGGAGAAAGUAAAAGACGAUCAUAUGAACAGAUAUUUACAAACAAACACUGUCCAAACAUUCCAAACAAACUAUGAAUCAGUGGCAAGUCAUAGUGAUUCUGCUGUGUCGUAUUUUGACCGGUUGUUACACCCCGAGAGACAGCCUAUGUCAGAAGAGGAGUUGGUUGUGCUGUUACAGGAUGAUGCUUUAUCUAAAAAGCAUGAAGACAUUUUAGAUGAUGUUGGAUCCACAUCUACAAAGGAUAUAAAGUAGCAUCUGUGGCAUGUAGUAAAUGACAGAAUUACAGGCAUUGGUUAUGUGAACCUUCACAAUGUGGAAUUAAGAUUUAAGGAAGAGCAUGACCCACCACAGCAAUGAUAUUUUCUGUAUGUAGAAUGGAAGAUUCUGCUCUAAAAUGAUUCUUGCAAGUCAAAAGUUUGCCUUAAUUGGUAAUUACACACCAAAAGGAUGCCCAUCUGAUGUGUGAAUAGGAGAAACAAUCAUCAUCAGGACAGCUAGUUUUGGAAACACAUGUAGUUAACACUGGGGAGAGUAAAUGAACUUGUUAAAACAGAAGUCUUCUGGAAUGAAUUACUCAAAGCAAUAUUUUAUUUUCAUCAUAAAAAAAUAAUUGUUUCAGUAACAAAAACAAUUUUGAACCAGCAAAACAAUAAGUAAAGCAUUUUUGUAACUCAUAACAUCAAUGGUUUUAAAAAUAUUACAAAUUAAUCUUCAAAUUU